AUUUUCCAUGUUGAAGAUGUAAUUGAAGCAACUGCCUAUGUUCUGGAGAAAGACUCUGAAUAUUGUCGGAUGUUCUUGGGGGAGGAAGUAAAAAUAAAUGUUACUAGCAAAGGAGGAGGCACUCCAAAGUAUCAGGGAGAGGACAUGAGGAAGUGGGAUGGUGAACCCACCUUUAAGCUGGAAGCCUGUGUACGUGAACUGAGUGGGAAGACAGCUGCUAAGAAGGGGCCACCCAAGAAGGCUGUCAGCUUAGUUGCUGUUGAGGCACAAGAAGAUUACCUCAGGAGAGGGUAUUUCAAGGAUCCAAAAGGGUACCAAUGGGCUUUUGGUGUAGCCACCGUGAAUACAGAGAAGAUUAAACAUCUGUCUACCCUGUCUGGCCUCUCGGUGAAUCCCUCUGUUGUGGGGUUGCUGAGGGUCAAAGAACAGCAGGCGCCGACUGCUACCAUGACGGUGCACCGGCGACAAUAUCACACAAACCGAGACUCCCUGGCUCCCAUCCAUGAGCUGGUUCAUCACUUGGAGAGCCAAGGAGUGAUCAGCAAGACUCGCUCACCCUUUAAUAGUCCCAUAUGGCCAGUGCUAAAGUCUGAUGGAGGGUGGAGGCUAACAGUGGACUACCGUGGCCUGAACGAAGUCACGCCACCACUGAGUGCUGCCAUACUGGACAUGCUAGAGCUCCAACAUGAACUGGAGUCAAAGGCAGCCAAGUGGUGUGCCACAAUUGAUAUCGCUAAUGCGUUUUUCUCAAUCCCUUUGGCAGCAGAGUGCAGGCCACAGUAUCAUGAAAGCAGUCAGAUGAGUUCCCUGGAGGAGACCUUUGUUAGUAAAGCUAGUGCACUGCAGCAACAAGGAAGAGCUGGGCGUGUUAGGGAUGGAUUCUACUUCCGAAUGUACACAAGAGACAGGUUUGAAAGUUUCAUGAAAUAUUCUGUUCCAGAAAUAUUACGUGUGCCUUUGGAGGAAUUAUGCCUUCAUACUAUCGCUCAACAAGCAGGAGGAUAUCAUGCUGAAAUGACUUGCUGCAGAAGAUAUUUCUUUAAUAGGGCUUCACUGUUAACUCUAGAGGAUGUGAAGCAAGAACUCAUAAGGGUGGUCAGAGCAGCAAGGUUCACAGCACCUACAACGCAAUGUGGAUGGGAUGGAAACGAAGCCACACAAUCCCUUUCUCUCCAAGAAAUAGCUGCUCUUAAAGCUGUAUUGACUGUAGGGCUGUAUGACAAUGUAGGAAAAAUAAUAUGUACAAAGUCCAUGGAUAUCACAGAGAAGCUGGCCCGCAUGGUAGAAACUGCUCUGGGUAAAGCAUAAGUGCAUCCCUCCUCUGUAAGAGACUUACAGAUAUACAGAUGGCUCCUUUACCAGGAGAAGGUGAGGUAUGCUAAGGUAUAUUUGAGAGAGACUACUUUAUUAUCCCCCUUUCCCAUUUUGCUUUUUGGUGGGGAUAUAGAAGUCCAGCAUCAGGAGCAUCUCCUGACAGUUGAUGGUUGGAUCCAUUUUCAGAAAGCUGGUGUUCUUUCAGAGAAAGUAUUGGAAAUGGAUAUAGACUAA